AUGAUGACAGGAGGGCUCGUGGUGCUCUGUGCAUUAUCCUGCUUUGUUCUCAGCUUCACAGAUAGCUUCAGGGAUGAGGAAGGGAAGGUACGAUACGGGUUUGCCACAUUCAGGGGAUUGUGGGUCAUUGAUGGUGGGGCUCCUCUUGAACCACUUGCAGCAGCAGGAUUCAGGAUGCGGUUUCUAGACUUUGUACAUGCCAUUGUUUCAGCUAUGAUUUUUGUAGCAAUCGCAUUGUUUGACCAAAAUGUGGUGUCCUGCUUCUAUCCAACACCAUCCGAGGAUACAAAGCAACUUCUCACAGCAUUACCAGUUGCCAUUGGGAUCAUUGGAAGCCUGCUAUUUGUUAGCUUCCCUACCACUCGCCACAGCAUUGGCUCCACACUCUCUUCACAAUAA